AUGACCGAUCGCGGUCGCCGUCCACUGAUUAACCGAACUAGGGGCUCGCAAGACACUCAGCCGACCCGCACUACGUUUUGUCAGCCGAUCGACGUGUCCAUGUGUAAGGAACUGCCGUACAACUUCACAUCGAUGCCAAACUUUGUUGGCAAUGAGGAGCAGGUUGAGGCUGAAUUGCAACUGACCACUUUCCAGCCGCUGAUUCAGUUGCACUGUUCGUCGCAGUUGAAGUUCUUCUUAUGCUCGGUGUAUGUGCCGAUGUGUACGGAGAAAGUGAACAUCCCGAUCGGACCCUGUCGUCCGCUAUGCGACUCGGUCCGUCGUUGCUGUGAACCGAUGCUACGCCAGUUCGGCUUCCCGUGGCCAGUCUCCCUCAAUUGCUCGAAGUUUCACCCAGAAAAUAACGCGCAGGCAAUGUGCAUGCGAGGUCCGGUCGAACAACAGCACACCGCCUGCUUCGGCGACAUUCAGUUGAUUGACGACGCGUUGACCAGGUCAAAGGCCAGUCAGCCGCCCCCUGAUUCUAGCAACGACAAGAUGUUGCCGUCUUCGGGGGCUAACAAACUCUGCCACCAAAUGCGCGACGGUGGCAAGAACUUCGUGCGCGUAAACAAGACCACGACCUGUGUGCCGCUUUGUCGCGCUGAUGUGCUUUUCGAUACACAUGUAAAGAGCAAUGCCGAGAUCUUGAUGCUGGUUUUCGCGGCUGCAUGCUCGGUCCUCAGUGUGGCUGCGGUAGCAGCUCACUCUUGUCGUCGACCGCGUUCUCCCCUUAGCUACCCCGAUUUGCCGAUUGUGUACAUCUGUGUAUGUUACGGUUGCGCAACUGUGCCGUUCUGGAUCCGCGCUACUAGCAGGAAUGCAUUGGUCUGCAUCCCAUACGGCGCUAGCGACGUCAUCGUUGGAUAUGGUCUACAACAGAUCCGGUGCACGGUGGUCGCCAUCGUGCUUUAUUAUUUCAUAAUGGCCAGUCACGUGUGGUGGGUAAUCCUGUGUGUGUCGUGGUUUUGUGUUGGCCCGCUUGGCUAUGGAUCGGAUGUACUGCAGAGGCGCAGCUUCGUAUUCCACUGCCUCGCCUGGUCGGUACCAUUGUUGAAGGUCAUCGCUGUUUUCAUCACUCAUAGCGUAGACGCUGAUGAGUUGACCGGCAUGUGUUAUGUCGGCAACCAAGACGUGCGGGGCCUGAAGUUCCUGCUCGUGCCGCAGCUGGUCUACCUGGUGCUCGGGCUUGUGCCGUUGACCGUCGGCUUUGCGCUGAAGCUCAAAGACUGCGUACUCGGCGCCGGAGGUGGAAGUCACGUCAGCACCGUCAGCAGCGAUGGCCACUCCCGUGUUCCUGGUAUUGCCUGCCGACCACCGCCGCCGUUACCGCCGGUCAAGGCAAAGGAACUUGGCUAUUCGAGCCCCGUACUGGGCCACGUACAUGCUCCAAGCUUGGCAUCGGUCGGCCUCCUUGCGACGUUCUACGUAGUACCCGCAGCGUGCCUCAUAGCCUGCUACUUGUACGAGUUUUGGAACCGCGCCGCAUGGCUGGCCGAUGCGUCUCGCCAACCGAGCUACGAAACAUUCGUUGUCAAAAUAGUCGCCACGCUAGUGUACGGCAUCGCCACCGGCGGUUUCCUGCUGUGGCGCCGGACCUGUGACCGGACAGUGGUCAACGGCACGCACGCGAAAGCGCAGAUGCUGCUGCCAGCGGCUACUGCCAUCAUCGGCUCGCCUUUGGCCAAGCCUCAGCACGCGCCGCUAUUACCGACCGACCAACACUUGUACCGUGCUUAUGAACAGAAGUGGUACUCCCGCGAGAACGUGCUCUGA